GCAAAUCUGGCCGGUGGUGCGCAAUAACGAAGCCAAUCAGUGCAUAAUCUGAUUCGAUCUCCCGAAGCAUGGCAAGCGAGUUAGCGUACAAUGCACCUGGACGCGUGGCGUAUCCUGCGCUGAACCCGUAUCCCUACGCCGCCCUCGAUGGCUCUGCUGGCGUCACGCAAGGACAAACGAACAGCGCACAAGCUUUUAGCCCCGGAAACGUGAGCCAGUAUCAGGGAGCAGCAUCUGGCGGAUCGGGUGGGAGCAUGCAGCAGAAUGGGUCUUCCUUCCAAUUCACUUCUGCGCCACCAGCGCCUUAUUCGCGAAGCCUCGCCCAACAGCAGGCCUUCCAACAGCAGCAAUCCCUGAGACACAGCGCAUCUCCCCAGCCGCCCAAUGGCAAUAGCCCCGUCCACCACCCAACACCGCGAACCUAUCCGAUGGCCGCACCUCCUCUGCCGAACACUCCAAACAGCGCCAACAACAGCAAUGCCGCGCCCUCGCCCAUCUCCCCGCAGUCGCCCGGCGCGAAGAGUCGCGAGCAGCAGCGAAUAGACAUCCUCUUCGACAUCAACGUAGAACUAUUACAAGAGGUCAACAAGCUGCAAAAUGAGGGAAAAGGUGGUGCUAUCAGUCCACAGCAAGUCCAGCAGGCGCGAGAACAGGGCAAACCGGACACAAUGGCCUCAGAAGAAUACAUCCAAUGUCUACGCCGAGUACAAGCAAAUUUGGCAUACCUCAUGCCCAAGGCGCAAUCCGACCCAGCCCAACAAGCAAAAGCUCCUCCGGGUCCAGCGCAUAUGACUGCGCCUCCUCACAUGCCGCAGCUGGAAGACAGAUACAAGACUCUACGAGAGCUAUUCCCAGGAUGGCAGGGUCUGGACAAUCGCUCAGCAGGGCCAACAGCUUCCUCGCCUCGACCAAAUACACAAAAUGGGAUGACAGCACCAUCUGGAGGGACGCCAACAGCGUGAGCAAACGUGCAACGAUACACCCCGAUUUCCUUUUCACGUACGACAACGACGAAAAGCAUAGAGCAAGCGACAAGCAAAAAUGUAAUGCAUAUGGAGUGGGUAUCUGUUUUCUUCCAAGGUGUCUCGCGAUGGGUCUUGGAGUAACAGAGAAGGGUGCAGGCCGGAGGGAGGGAUCUCGUCUCUUUUAUAUCAAUUCGAAAG